AUGGAAGGUCCGAAUGUUGAGCUUGGCAGGUCGUAUCACACUGAAAAAUCGGUUCUUAGCUUUGUACCAGUGCACACGAUGAGCUCAGUGAAACUACCGGAAUCGAUUACAAAGCGUCUUGACCGUGUCUUGAGAGAUUUUCUAUGGGGAUCCACAAAUGAGAAGCGAAAACAGCAUCUUGUUAGUUGGGAGAAGGUGUGUAGAUCGAAGGAAGAAGGCGGCCUUGGGAUAUGGAAGACAAAUCUCAUGAAUAAGGCCUUGUUAGCUACGGUUGGGUGGAGGUUGAUGCAGGAUGAUAGGAGUGUCUGGGCACGAGUUUUACGAAAUAAAUAUCGUAUUGGAGACAUACAUGAGAAAGCGUGGUUGACCAACAAAGGAACAUGGUCUUCGACAUGGAGAAGUGUGGUGCUGGGAAUUAGAGAUGUGCUCCAGCCGGGUCACACAUGGGCAAUGGGAGAUGGUCGUAACAUGCUUUUUUGGACUGACAAGUGGCUUCUAGGGAACGCCUUGAGGGAUGUAGAGGGAGCUGUGGUUCCCGAAGCACUCCUAGGCUUAACAGCCAGUGAUUUGUGGAUCGAUGGCGUAGGCUGGGACUUGACACAGAUUGCCCCGCAUGUAUCUGAGAACACAAAGCUUGAGCUUGCAGCAGUGGUGGUAAACAGGGUCUCGGGUAAACAGGACAAGAUGGCGUGGGGAGGAACACCGGAUGGCCGUUUCACGGUCUCAUCUGCGUAUCGCUUUCUUGUACGCGACGGAACUCCGAGACAAGACAUGAGUCAGUUCUUCAGGAGAGUGUGGCGGGUUACAGCACCGGAGAGAGUGCGUGUGUUUAUGUGGCUACUUGGAAACCAUGGCAUCAUGACAAAUCAGGAGCGCUUUCGCUGGCAUAUUAGUGACACUAAGAUUUGUCAGGUGUGUAAAGCAGGGAUUGAAUCUAGUUUAUAUAUCCUCCGAGAUUGUCCAGCCAUGAGUGGAAUCUGGGAGCGUAUUGUCCCGCGAGAGAAACGGCAGGCUUUCUUUACUAUGCCGUUACUUGAGUGGCUGUUUGUGAAUUUAAGUGACUCUUCGCAGAUGGAGUCUGGGAUAUGGUCUACGCUAUUUUCCGUGUCUGUAUGGUGGGCCUGGAAAUGGAGGUGUGGUAACAUCUUUGGGGAAAACAAGCUAUGGAGUGAUAGGGUCAAGUUCGUCAAAGAUUAUGCCAAGGAGGUGUCUCAAGCGAAGUAUAUGGAGAAUGGAGGAAGGUCAGUAGCGAGUGAAGACAGACUGGUUUCAUGGAGCCCUCCGUUGGUAAGCUGGAUCAAGUUGAAUACGGAUGGUGCGUCACAUGGAAACCCAGGCUUGGCUACGGCGGGAGAUGCAUUGCGUGGCGGAGACGGUCAAUGGCGUGGCGGAUUUGCACUGAAUAUUGGAAGAUGCACGGCACAUAUGGCUGAGUUAUGGGGAUUGUAUUACGGGUUAUGUAUUGCGUGGGAGAAGGGAUUCACAAGACUUGAAGUUGAGGUGGACUCUUCAUUGGUGGUUGGUUUCAUGAAGACAGGGAUAUGCGACACUCAUCCGCUGUCAUUCCUGGUGCAUCUGUGCCAAGGCUUUUUAUCAAAGGACUCGGAAGUCCGAAUCACUCAUGUGUAUAGGGAGGCCAAUCGUCUAGCUGAUGGAUUGGCAAACUAUGCAUUUUCUUUACCAUUUGGUUUACAUACUUUUGAUUUAGUUCCUCUGGACUUAUUGCCCAUUUUGCGUGAUGAUGAGUCCGGAGACUCGAGGUUGCGGCAAGUCCGUGUGUAA